AAUACCUAUCUGAGCUCUCAGUUGUUUUCUCUCCAAUGCUGGAGUCAGUCGCACAGGAUAAAGGAGGGGACUGGCAGAGCAGAUCUUUAAAGGAAGAAGACAGAUUCCGAGUGCACAAGAGCAGUCAGAGCAAAGAGAGAGAGCAGAGAGGAAAAGCCAGAGGGAGAGGGGGAGAGGGGAUCCGUUGCAGGCAGGGGAAGGCGUGACCUGAAUGGAGAAUGCCAGCCAAUUCCAGAGACACACAGGGACCUCAGAACAAAGAUAAGACAUCGCCGACACCACACCGGGGACGAUCUCACAGACAAGUCGGGCAGAGGGGACCAAGGCCAGGCGGCCAGGAGCGUGCAAGGCAGGAGAAUGAGGUGGCUCCUUCUCUGUCACGCUCUGUGCUUCUCCCUGUUGAAGGCUUCGGCCCACACUGUGGAGCUGAAUGACAUGUUUGGCCAGAUCCAGUCACCUGGAUAUCCAGACUCCUAUCCCAGUGACUCAGAGGUGACUUGGAAUAUCACCGUCCCAGAGGGGUUUCGGAUCAAGCUUUACUUCAUGCACUUCAACUUGGAAUCCUCCUACCUUUGUGAAUACGACUACGUGAAGGUAGAAACUGAAGACCAGGUGCUGGCAACCUUCUGUGGCAGGGAGACCACGGACACAGAGCAGACCCCCGGCCAAGAAGUGGUCCUUUCCCCUGGUUCCUUCAUGUCCGUCACUUUCCGGUCAGAUUUCUCCAACGAGGAGCGAUACACAGGCUUUGAUGCCCACUACAUGGCUGUGGAUGUGGACGAGUGUAAGGAGAGGGAGGAUGAGGAGCUGUCCUGCGACCACUACUGCCACAACUACAUUGGCGGCUACUACUGCUCCUGCCGCUUCGGCUACAUCCUCCACACAGACAACAGGACUUGCCGAGUGGAGUGCAGCGACAACCUGUUUACCCAGAGGACCGGCCUGAUCACCAGCCCUGACUACCCCAACCCUUACCCCAAGAGCUCGGAAUGCCUCUACAACAUCGAGCUGGAGGAGGGGUUCAUGGUCAGCUUGCAAUUCGAGGACAUUUUUGACAUUGAGGACCAUCCUGAAGUGCCCUGCCCCUACGACUACAUCAAGAUUAAAGCUGGUGCAAAGGUGUUGGGACCCUUCUGUGGAGAGAAAGCCCCAGAACCCAUCAGUACCCAGAGCCACAGUGUCCAGAUCCUGUUCCGCAGUGACAACUCGGGGGAGAACCGGGGCUGGAGGCUCUCGUACAGGGCUGCAGGAAACGAGUGCCCUGAGCUACAACCUCCUGUCCAUGGGAAAAUUGAGCCCUUGCAAGCCACGUAUUCCUUCAAAGAUCAAGUGCUCAUCAGCUGUGACACAGGCUACAAAGUGCUGAAGGAUAAUGUGGAGAUGGACACAUUCCAGAUCGAGUGUCUGAAGGAUGGGACAUGGAGUAACAAGAUUCCCACCUGUAAAAUUGUAGACUGUGGAGCCCCAACAGAGCUGGAACAUGGACUGGUCACCUUUUUCACAAGGAACAACCUCACCACAUACAAAUCUGAGAUCAGAUACUCCUGCCAGCAGCCCUAUUACAAGAUGCUUCACAACAUCACAGGAAUGUAUGCCUGCUCUGCUCAAGGAGUCUGGACAAAUGAAUUACUGGGAAGAAGCCUGCCCACCUGUCUUCCAGUGUGUGGUCUGCCCAAGUUCUCCCGGAAGCUGAUGGCCAGGAUCUUCAAUGGACGCCCAGCCCAGAAGGGCACCACUCCCUGGAUUGCCAUGCUGUCUCAUCCAAAUGGGCAACCCUUCUGUGGGGGCACCCUUGUAGGCUCCAGCUGGAUUGUGACUGCUGCUCACUGCCUCCACCAGGUGCUGGAUUCAGAGGACUUGACCCUGGAUGACUCAUACUUGCUCAACCCUUCUGACUUUCAAAUCAUUUUGGGCAAGCACUGGAGGCUCCGGUCGGAUGAAAAUGAACAGCAUCUCGGUGUCAAACACGUCAUCCUCCAUCCCCUGUAUAACCCCAACACAUUUGAGAAUGAUGUGGCUCUGGUGGAGCUGCUGGAAAGCCCAAUGCUGAACGACUUCGUGAUGCCCCUAUGUCUGCCUAAGGAGCCCUCGCAGGAAGGAACCAUGGUCAUCGUCAGCGGUUGGGGGAAGCAGUUCUUGCAGAAGUUCCCAGAGACCCUGAUGGAGAUUGAAAUCCCGAUUGUUGACCACCAUACCUGCCAGGAAGCCUAUGCUCCGCUGAAGAAGAACGUGACCAAGGACAUGAUCUGUGCUGGGGAGAAGGAAGGGGGGAAGGACGCCUGUGCGGGUGACUCUGGAGGCCCCAUGGUGACUCUGGAUAGAGAGACAGGCCAAUGGUACCUGGUGGGCACGGUGUCCUGGGGCGAGGACUGUGGAAAGAAGGACCGCUACGGAGUGUAUUCCGACAUCUACCACAACAAGGACUGGAUCCAGAGGGUCACCGGGGUGAGCAACUGAGUUCAGCUCUCAGCCAGCACCACCUUCUGUGGUCAGUCAGCAGCAGAGAAAGUGAUCUAAUGCACGCAGCCAUUUCUCCCUGGCCCCUCGCCCUUCACCUCCUCAGUCCUCCUGUUAAAGAGCAAGAGUGGCAGCAUGUUUCCUCCUUUCCCUCUCUUUAAAGAGGCAAAGUAGCAGAGUGGGCAGAACUCAAGACCAAAUCCAGGCUCAGUCACGCACAAGCUCAGGGAUGCUAGACAGCUGAUUUAGCCUCUGACUCUGUUUCUUCAUUCAUAAGAUGCAAGUGACACACCUUACCUACCUCACAAAAGUUUGAUGAGAAAGAAAUUAAUUAAUAUAUACAUAGCACUUAACCCAGUGCAUAGCCUAAAUGAAGUGUCCAAUAGAUGUGACUUAGAUCAAUUGUCUAUAGGCAAACGAAGUUGCCUUGCAAGCCCCUGGCUGGGUCUCCAGCCUGAUUAGUGACAGGCUGCCCCUCCCCCUCCCCCACACCUUGACCAUCUUCCUAAGCUGCCCUCUCUAAUGUUCUGUGCUUCUUUGCCACAUGCAGCUCUCCCAACCCCAACUGCCCCCCACCCUAAGAGGUAAAACAGACAAUGUAGUCCUACGGCACGCCCCACAGCAAGGCAGUUAUGCACUUGAGCUAGGUACCAAAUUAUGAAAGUGACAGAGAAGCAAGGGCCAGGAGAGAGACUGGGGAGGGUGGACUGGGAAGUCAGAUGUCUGGUGCUAGAACCAGCUCGUGCCCCCUCCCAGCUCGUCCUGGGUCCUUAUGCAAGUCCUUUCCCCUCAUCUCAGAGGGCCCUCCCAGCUCGGACAAUCCACGACCCCAUGAAGUCCUGUUUUCCCUGAUGAGAUGAGUUAAAGCCAAAGUAACCCAAAGGCAAAAAUUUCAUUAACUUCCAAAGAACUUAGAUGGAAACAAAAUGCUGCUGCUCCUGGGACCUCCACCGCUGCCCACCACACCCUGCCUCCCAAAGACAGCCCAGGCAAAGAGCAGCCAAGGGAUCUUUCCUUAUUCCUGAGAAGAGCACCUGCUCUGGUCCCUGGACUCCUUGCCUUCCCUAGAACUGGGCUGCGGCAGGUGAGCGCUGGCAGGGCCCCUGCACUUUCUGUCCACAGGUCCACACAUGGCCCCAGGCAGCCAUUCCCCCACUUCUCCCCCUGUGCGUCACCCUGAGCCUCCUAGCUUUGCAAGGUCAUGAAUGUUCCCAAGUAGUACUCCUCCCUCAUCCAAGAACUGCUUCCUCGUCCAGCGAGCUUGGAGAGACCUCCUCAACUCCAGAACUCCAAGACACAAGCUUUCCAGGGAUCCGAAGCACCAAGUCCCUAUCUUCCAUUCUGUCAGAAUGUCUCUUGAUGGGGAAUUUGAGCUCUUGACCUGCACUGCAGCUGCUAUGGUCAUUCUGGGUCUCUUGCUGAAUGAGGAAGACAACAGGGAGUGAGCAAGUACUUAGAGGCAUUAAGCCCUCAGUUGAACGUGCAGAACAGGGAUGCAGAAUCUGCCUCUGCUCUAAGCAAGUCCUUCUACUUCUGUGUGCCCUGCUUUUCCUUCUGUAAAGGGAAGAUCAUGAGGGGGCCCAGCUUCAUCAGAUCUAAUCAGCGAGCUGGAUCUCUGCAUAAAACACCAAGGAAUAACUGUGACACCAAGCUUUGAAAUCACCCCAAGGCAUUCCAAGACACGGUACCUUUCCCAUUUCAGACUGCGCUGCUGCUGCAGGGGUAGUGGGAUGAGGGGACAGUGAGUCAUGCCUUCCAGGAGCUCCUCCUGAGAGACAGUGACACAUAGAUAAGUGACUGCAGUGUACGGGAAUGUACCCCACGAAGUGCUAAGUUUAGAAGAGCACGGAGGUCGAAGAAAAACCAUUCUGCUAUGGAGGUACUGGGGAAGGAAAUGCCAGAAAAGCUUCCAGGAGGAGAUGGCUUUGAGGAGGGCAGGCAUCUCAAUGGGUAAGACAGAGGGAGGCCUUCCAGAUGGAGGAAAUAUUUACAUGAGUAAACAUUUACUCAUGCUUGCCUCAAUUACCAAAGCUUCUCCCAUGAAAUGGCACAUCCAGGAGACCAGUGUCCUGUGAUGAGAACCAAUAUCUAAAAGAGCCUUUAUCCUUAGAGUCAGAGUACUAAACAGGACAUAGCCUGUGGACUUAUGUAAAGACACUGAUUUCUGACUGGACCCAGUUUAUCCUGUUUAUUCCAAAUGCAACCUCAUUCUUAUUCAGAGAAAAUGUAGAAAUAGGCAGUGGAACCUGGGCUUCCCCUUGACCUAUAAGCAUUUACUAAAUGUGAGGUCCUGCACUGCUGCUAAGGUCCAGCAAACCCACACAUCUCACAGAGACACAGCAGUAGAGAAUAGGCGUGUCAGGGCCAUCCUAACUCUAUGACCUCAUCCCAGAGCCUUUCUGAUGAGAAACUCACUACCUCCAAAUGCAGCCCGUUCCAACUUUAAAAUAUGUUGCUCUUAAAAAGGUCUCGCUUUGGGCAUAGUGGUGCACACCUCUAAUCUCAGUGACUUGGGAGGCUGAGGCAGGGACAUUGCAAGUUCAAAACUAGCCUCUGAAACUUAGCGAAGCCCUAAGAAACUUAUCAAGAUCCUGCUCAAAAUAAAAAAUUAAAAGGGCUGGGGAUGUGGUUCAGUGGGAAAGCACCCCUGGGUUCAACCCCGGUACCAAAACAAAAACAAAAACUAAAAAGGUCUCUCUUCCAUGCAACCAAAAUCCACCUCCCUAGAAUAUAGUUGGAUAACUGAAGCUGUGAUUUCAUACCAUGAAUGCUGUUAUUAGCACUAGUGAUCGCCCCUGGAUUUCAUUAGCAACAGAAGCUGCUGUUCUUAUGGGAAACUACACAUUUGCUCCAAUAAACAUCUGUAUUGA